AUGCCGCAGAAGAAAUCAGGGAAACGACUUAUCAAUGCUCAGCUCCCAUUGAAAAGGCAAGAUGCCAAGCAGCAGGAGGUUUCUUGUCUCCCAGCUGAGGAAUGGGGCUUACGGGCAUUGGAUGCUGUUGAGGUGACUGUCCAGUCCAGAAUCCUCGAGACCGAGAUUACGCGCACGUUGCAGGCAGACGGUGCCGGUGAUGCGCCAGCACCAGAGCCACGCAGUGGAGAGCCUCAGUUCAUCCCUGCAAAUCCAUGUGCGGUAGCUCAAGCCACUGGGUGGCGGCUGCUGACGCGCUCCGAUGAAUCAGGUGUGGAGGUUGAGAGGAUGUUGCAGCUUGAUCCAACAGCCACGGAUCUGGCAUCAGGGGAUCGGUCGUGCUGCCCAGCAAGUGCAGCUGCGGUGGCGGAGCCCAACACGUAUGGUAUCAUUGAAUUCAAAAGCUCCCACAUGCACGAUGAAAAGAAGCACGAUCCUGCCAUCGCCCGAAGCAGCCAGGGCAGCAUUGAAGAGCAGCAGGUGGCUGAUGUUGACAUCUGGGCUUCUCCUGCUUUCACCGAUGUGACACACGAUGGUUCAGAGGACUCGGUUGCACUGCAGUCGAGUCCGACAACAUCUCCGGCAGCAAGUUCAGUGCAUGGAGCACCAUCUCAGAAUGUGCAGCCAGAUGGCACCCUCCCUUUCCAGGUUGAGCCUGGUGUUGAGUACGAUCGAGGCUGGGUCAAAUACAAGGACCCAGAAGGCGGAGAAAUCUGGUUCCACAAUGAACACACGGAUGACUACUUCUUUGCUCAGUACAGCCGUCAGUGGGGUUGGCUGCCCUACGAAAGCAACAUUGGGCAGCGGUGGUGGUGGCACGACAAACGCAAAAUCUUCUUCUUCGAAGGCCUGAAGUAG